AUGCUCCGGAAGCCGAACAUGGCACCUCAGAGUCAGCGUCUCGCCAAGAAGCGAGACAGGUCUGGUGAGAACUUUACCAAGGCAACGAAGAGUCUAUUAGCACGAUGCGACCGCCUAAGAGAGCGAUAUAAAGCCGACAUUUACAUUCAAGUGCGUAGGAUGCACAGACACUACACGUAUACUUCAUCUAAUGAGCCGUCCUGGCCUAAGACGAAGGCGGAGAUGGAAAGGAUGUACCCCGUCCCCGUGACAAGAACACCCCAAGAUUUUGAUAGUAAGCGAAAUCGCGUAUCGAGCAUCCAUACACUACAGGAAAGCGCAGCAGAAGAAAAGACGCCUCAUGUUGCAGUGAGGGAAUCGUCACACGUAGAUUGUCGUAAUGUUCUGGCUCUGAAUCAUGAAGAAGAUGCAUAUCCGUGUGACAAGCCAGUAGGGCAGGAGACGAUGUCUCCAGGAGAGCACAGCACGCGCUGCAUGGAAAACCAUUCAGAAGAAGUGAUAGCUCAAAAGAUGGAUGUGGCAAAACUAGCUAGCUAA